AUGGUGCCAAGAAAGCUCGCCUGGAUAGGAUUGGGGAAUAUGGGCCGUGGGAUGUGUAAGAACAUCAUCCAGAAGUCGCCAUUCCUCCCGCCCCUCCUGGUCCACAACAGGACCAUUGCCCGAGCCCAUGAAUUCGUGGACUCCCUAGGUGGCAACGGCUGUCAGGUGGCAAACACUCUUGCCGAAGCCGUUCAGUCCGCGGAUCUUAUCUUUACAUGUCUCAGCGAUGACAAUGCCGUUGAAAAUAUCGCUUUGGCUUCGGCGGAAAGUGGUGCGAUUGAGGGCAAGAUUUUUGUUGAUUGUUCUACUAUUCAUCCAAGUACUACCCGCAAAGUCAGGGAUAUAUUCAGUACCCAUGGUGCUUCAUUUGUUGCAUGUCCUGUUUUCGGACCGCCUUCUUUUGCAGAGUCGGGACAAUUGAUUUGCGUUAUUGCCGGAACCUACGAGAAUGUCCAAAGAGUGAAACCGUAUACGGCAGGUGUGAUGGGGCGAGCUAAUAUUGAAUUCAUUGGCGACGAUGUUGGCCAAGCAUCUAAAAUGAAAUUGCUAGGAAAUUCAUUUGUUCUGAGCUUUGUCGAAAAGCUGGGAGAGGGUAUGGUCUUGGCUGAGAAGUCGGGUGUUGGUACCGAUCCACUGAUACAGUGGCUCAAGCUUAUGCUCCCUGGAGUGUUGCCAGCUUAUGCUUUACGUAUGAAAUCGGGCGACUAUUACCAGAAGAAGGAUCCUCCGUUCGCGGCCAGUCUGGCGCGUAAGGAUGCUCGCCAUGUAUUAGAUAUUGCUCAGCGUGUCGGAGUGAGCAUGAAGAGCGUUGAACUCGCUGAGCAUUACUUGAAAGAAGUUGAAGAGUACACCUUGGGGGAAGGUGACAUAACAGCUAUGUAUGGGGCAAUUCGAAGAGAAGCUGGUCUGCCCUACGAAAACAACUCAGGAUAG